CCAGGCAGGACUACCAUGCCUCCAAGGAAUCUGGGGCAUGAAAAUGGACUGAACCAAGAGAAGAUCGAUGCCUUACUGAGUCUGGGCUCCGUGAUUGAUGUCACCUGCCUCCGAGAAGCCAUCAAAGAUGCCAUCGUGUCUGUGCUCCCCAAAGUGGAGCACGUGUACCUCUAUCUGCUGGACGGAGAAGCCAGGCUGAUCUGCGAGGACCCUCUGCACGAGCUGCCCUCCGAGGGAAAGCUCAGGUUGCUGAUAAACCCGCUGGUGGACAAGGACGCGGGGGGCGUGGUCGCUGUCAUCCUGGUGCACUGCGGGCGACUGAACGAGUCGGACGAGCGGAACCUGCGUGCGCUGGAGAAGCACAUCCUGGUGGCGUACCGGCGUGUCCAAGCCCUCCAGAAGCUGCAGCCCUGGCCCCAGGUCAGCCUGUCCACCAGCUCUUCCCAGAAUUCCCUGGCCAAGACCGAAAGGGCGGCGGAUGGCGGCUACAGCGACCUGGACCGCAAGAUACUGCAGCUGUGCGGGGAGCUGUACGACCUCGACGCGGCCUCGCUCCAGCUCAAAGUCAUUAACUAUCUGAAGCAGGAGACCCAGUCCCCCUGCUGCUGCCUCCUGCUGGUCUCGGAGGACAACCACCAGCUCUUCUGCCAGGUCGUGGGAGAUAAAGUACUGGAUGAGGAGAUCAGCUUUCCUCUGACGUUUGGGCGUCUGGGGAAGGUGGUGGAGGAGAAGAAAUCCAUCACCCUACAGGACAUCAGCAUGGAGGAACACAAGCAGCUUCACAACAUGCUGGGAUUCGAGGUGACCUCCAUGCUGUGUGUGCCGGUCAUUAGCCGGGCCACCUCCCAGGUGGUGGCCUUAGCCUGCGCGUUCAACAAGCUGGGAGGAGAGAGCUACACGGAGGCCGACGAGCACAGGAUCCAGCACUGCUUCUGCUACACCUCCACCGUCCUGACCAGCACGCUGGCCUUCCAGAAGGAGCAGAAACUGAAGUGCGAGUGCCAGGCGCUCCUGCAAGUGGCUAAGAACCUGUUUACGCACUUGGACGAUGUGUCGGUGCUGCUCCAGGAGAUCAUCACGGAAGCCCGGAAUCUCAGCAACGCCGAAAUAUGCUCGGUUUUCCUGCUGGACAGGUUCAGCCAUGAGCUGGUGGCCAAGGUGUUUGACGGGGGCGUGGUGGAUGAUGAGAGCUACGAAAUCCGCAUCCCGGCGGAUCAGGGCAUCGCGGGUCACGUGGCCACGACGGGGAAGAUCCUGAACAUCAAGGACGCCUAUUCCCACCCGCUCUUCUACCGGGGGGUGGACGACAGCACCGGCUUCCGGACCCGCAACAUCCUCUGCUUCCCCAUCAAGAACGAGAACCAUGAGGUCAUCGGGGUGGCCGAGCUUGUCAACAAGAUCAACGGGCCUUGGUUCAGCAAGUUCGACGAGGACCUGGCCACGGCUUUCUCCAUCUACUGCGGGAUCAGCAUCGCCCAUUCGCUGCUCUACAAGAAGGUCCACGAAGCCCAGUACCGAAGCCACUUGGCCAACGAAAUGAUGAUGUACCACAUGAAGGUCUCGGACGAUGAAUACAAGAAGCUGCUCAGCGACGGGAUCUGCCCCGUGGAAGACAUCGAUUAUCGCUUCGCCGAUUUCACCUACACGCCGCGCUCGCUGCCCGAGGACGACACGCCCAUGGCCAUCCUGAGCAUGCUGCAGGACAUGAACUUCAUCAACAACUACAAAAUGGAUCGCCAGACGCUAGCCAGGUUCUGCCUGAUGGUGAGGAAGGGCUACUGUCCACGCUGCCAUGCUGAAUUCCCACAAUGCACUGCUCCUCACCUCCUCUCCCAAACCCUACGGUUUCUACGGGGGCGGGGCCCCCGCAGCCCCUCCCGUCCCUCGCCCCCCGAUUCAGUGGCUGCUUUUCUCCACAGCGACAUCGAGAUCUUCGCCUUGUUCAUCUCCUGCAUGUGUCACGACCUGGACCACAGAGGCACCAAUAACUCCUUCCAGGUGGCCUCGAAAUCUGUCCUGGCGGCGCUGUACAGCUCCGAGGGCUCCGUCAUGGAGAGACACCACUUCGCCCAGGCCAUCGCCAUCCUGAACACCCACGGCUGCAACAUCUUCGACCACUUCUCCCGCAAGGAUUACCAAAGGAUGCUGGAUCUGAUGCGGGACAUUAUUCUGGCCACGGAUCUUGCUCACCAUUUGCGCAUCUUCAAGGACCUGCAGAAGAUGGCGGAAGUCGGCUACGACCCGAAGAACAAGCAGCACCACAGCCUGCUGCUCUGCCUGCUCAUGACCUCCUGCGACCUCUCGGACCAGACCAAGGGGUGGAAAACCACCAGGAAGAUCGCUGAGCUGAUCUACAAGGAGUUCUUCUCCCAGGGAGAUCUGGAAAAAGCCAUGGGCAACCGCCCCAUGGAGAUGAUGGACCGGGAGAAGGCCUACAUCCCCGAGCUGCAGAUCAGCUUCAUGGAGCACAUCGCCAUGCCCAUCUACAAGCUGCUCCAGGAGCUGUUCCCGAAAGCCACCGAGCUGUACGAGAGGGUGGCCAGCAACCGGGAGCAGUGGACCAAAGUGUCUCAUAAAUUCACCAUCAGGGGCCUCCCCAGCAACAACUCGCUGGACUUCCUGGACGAGGAGUACGACCUGCAGGGCAUAGGCCCGGGGAGCGCCAAGAUGAACGGCUGCCUGGACAUGGAGGGGCACAGUAUCUGGAGGGCAGGGAGGGGGAGUGGUGGAGAGACAAGCCCGGGCAACCUUUGGCCUCGUUCCUCCUGGAUCCAAUGGAAAGGGGAAGCCGGCUUUGAGAAAUCCGGCCUCCAGUGUGUUCUCUGCAGUCCCGGCAUCUCGCGCCCAGGCCCGGCUGAGCCCCGCGGGUGGAACGGCCGCUCUCUGUGA